CCGUCACUGGUUCCGGGUUCGGAACAAGUCGUGUCUGGGUGAAUAUACUUUGUCAUGAGGCAUUGGUAAUUCUCUUGCUACCUUGCCAGUACACAGAGCCUCGAUAUCUCAUCCACGGUUACGCGCGACCCACACUACGCGCCUUUAUAACCUUCGCGCCUGCCCCACCACCCCUCUAUCAACCGCGAUCGCAAGUGCAGCCCUGAAGCUGAAUUUCCAACGCGCAGCAACCAACACGCAAUCAUGGCGAACCAAGCACAAGACCUGCCCGAGGGUAUCUUUUCUCUUUUAGAUACCGAUCUCUACAAGCUGACUAUGCAAUGUUGCAUACUGAAGUUCUUCCCCGAUGUCUCAGUCACCUACGGCUUCACCAAUCGCACACCCGAUAAGAAGCUCAAUCGCACAGCCUUCAAGUGGUUGCAAGCCCAAGUAGAUAAGCUCGAGAACGUAGCCGUGUCUGAGGAAGAACUCAACUUCCUCAAGAAUACUUGCCCCUACCUAAACGCGCAAUAUCUCCAUUUCCUCUCCACCUUCCGCCUGAAGCCUUCCCAGCAGCUCAAGCUGUCUUUCCAAUGCGCGAAUGACACUGGGUCAGAUAGCGAUGUUGGCGAUUUCCACAUCCAUACCGAGGGCCUCUGGCUAGACACGAUCCUCUACGAGAUUCCAUUACUGGCGCUUGUCAGCGAGGCAUACUUCAAGUUUGUCGAGACAGACUGGAGCCAUGAGGGCCAAGUCGAGAAGGCAUACCAAAAGGGGCGGGGUCUGCUGGAAGGAGGCUGCAUCUUUUCCGAAUUUGGCUCGCGGAGACGUCGCGACUACCACACCCAAGAUCUAGUGCUGCAGGGCUUGCGCAGGGCGGCUGAUGAGGGUAGCAAGGCAGGUUGGAAAGGAAAGCUCUCGGGGACAAGUAACGUCCACUUCGCCAUGAAACAUGGCCUUGUCCCUGUGGGCACUGUUGCGCACGAGUGGUUCAUGGGCGUGGCUGCCAUUACGAACAACUACGAGAGCGCAAACGAAAUUGCCCUGGAAUACUGGACAGCGACAUUUGGCGCAGGCGUCCUGAGCAUUGCACUUACAGACACGUUCGGCACACCUACCUUCCUCAGGGCUUUCAAGAAGCAGAUUCCGCGUGUUACUACCGCUAUCCCAGGAGGCGGCACAACACUGGCUUCAGCUGGAGAUACCACCAACAACGAUGCUGUAGAGACAAUGUCCUCAACCAAGCCACCUAUCCAGGCACCAUACGACGGAAAUGCGGGAUCGCAACAGACUUAUGCCGACGUGUUUGCAGGCGUACGACAGGAUUCUGGGGACCCAUUAGAUUUCAUCAAGAUGAUGCGCGACUUCUACGACGAACAAGGCAUCAAGGAUAAGAAGACGAUUGUAUUCUCCGACUCUUUGAACCUGGAACUCUGCUUCAAGUACAAGGCUGCAGCAGAAGCGGCGGGUUUCCAGCCUACCUUCGGUGUUGGAACGUUCCUGACAAAUGAUUUUGUGGAGAAGUCUACCGGUAACAAGUCUGUACCCCUCAACAUUGUCAUCAAGAUCGCUUCCGCUGCGGGGCGUCACGCCGUCAAGAUCAGCGACAACAUCGGCAAGAAUACCGGAGACAAGGCAACAGUAGACGAAGUCAAGCAGCGGUUAGGCUACCAAGAGAAGUCGUGGGCUGGCGGUGAUGAGAAGACGCGGUGGGGUAGUGCAGGACAGCCAGCCACCAAGUAGUGCGCUUUGCAUUCAGUAGUACGCUCUGAAGACGGAGACGCGACCAACAAGCGGAGGCGUUCAUAAGCUGUGAUGCGGUCUGCAAGGCUGAGUCUAGCGCAGACGUUUCUUGCAAAGACCGCGAGGCUGGGUAAGCAGCCGGUCAGCGUUUUGAUUCGCGGGUUCGGGGUCUCUUUACGAGAUGGGAGGCGAAAGCAGCGGCGUCAGUAGAUGAUUUACCAAGAUGUUCCUUCCAGAC